CGUACGGAAAGUGAAACUUAACGGCUCGUGCAUUGCGUUUAACAGCAUCACCCAUCAUACAUUAGGUUCGCGAAUUCAUUGACUGAUUCAUUUGUAACUUUACAUUGUGGUUAUUUGGAUAUUGCGUUGUUGUGUAAGAUGGAGAAAAGUUACACACUCAGUCAGCAUUAUGAGGAAAAAAUUCGCCCUUGCAUCGAUAUAAUCGACAAUUUAAGAUCAUUGGGAGUCGAGAAGGACCUGGCGCUGCCUGCCAUCGCCGUCAUAGGAGACCAAAGCUCGGGCAAAAGCUCUGUUCUGGAGGCAUUAUCAGGGGUAGCUUUACCCAGAGGCAGUGGCAUUGUCACAAGAUGUCCUCUUGAGCUGAAGAUGAUCAGAUCCAAAAAUGAAGAAUGGCAUGCAAAAAUCAGUUACCAAGACUAUGAAGGAGACAUCGAUGACCCAGCAGAUGUAGAGAAUGAGAUUCGUAAAGCCCAGGAAGAGAUAGCAGGAACGGGGUAUGGGAUCAGUGAGGAUCUCAUCAGUCUUCAGAUCACCUCUCCCAAUGUUCCUGACCUCACACUCAUUGACCUGCCCGGUAUCGCACGAGUGGCAGUCAAGGGUCAACCAGAGAAUAUUGGAGAACAGAUCAAGAGUUUGAUAAAGAAGUUUGUUACAAAGCAAGAGACAAUCAAUCUAGUUGUGGUGCCGUGUAACGUCGACAUUGCGACCACGGAGGCAUUACAGAUGGCACAGGACGAGGACCCUGAAGGCGAGAGGACUUUAGGCAUCCUAACAAAGCCAGACCUGGUGGAUAAAGGCACUGAGCAAACAGUGGUGGACAUUGUGCACAAUGAGGUCAUUCAUCUUACUAAAGGCUACAUGAUCGUCAGGUGCAGGGGACAGAAAGAGAUUAUGGAUCAUGUCACUCUCAAUGAGGCCACAGAGACAGAGAAGUUCUUCUUUAAAGACCAUCCUCAUUUCAACACACUGUAUAAUGAAGGCUUUGCAACUAUUCCCAAGUUGGCUGAGAAACUAACAAAUGAGUUAGUUAAUCACAUUCAGAAAUCCAUGCCGCGGUUGGAAGAACAAAUCGAGGCAAAGCUAGCUGAGACACAGAAGGAACUGGAGGCGUACGGCAACGGACCACCAUCAGAACCUUCGGAGCGUUUUAGCUUUCUGAUUGAUAAAGUGACAGCUUUCAUUCAGGACGCUCUUAACCUGACUACCGGGGAAGAGAUUAAUUGUAAUUCAGACCUCAUGAUUUUCCAAGAGCUUCGGGAGGAAUUUGCAGAAUGGAAAGACCUCUUGGAACGUUCAGGAACUGAAUUAAACAUGAAGAUCGAGAGCGAAGUUGAUACCUUCGAAGCAAAGUAUAGAGGAAGGGAACUUCCAGGUUUCAUCAGUUACAAGACCUUUGAGAAGCUGGUCAGAGAACAGAUCAAAACAUUAGAGGAACCUGCAUUGAAAACACUCAAGGCCACCUCAGAUGUGGUUAGAAAGAGGUUUAUCCUACUUGCCCAAUACAGCUUCGCCGGAUUCCCUAAUCUUCUCAAAAUAGCAAAGACUAAGAUUGAAGCAAUCAAGCAGGAGAAAGAAUCGCUGGCCGAGUCCAUGUUGAGAACUCAGUUCAAGAUGGAGCUCAUUGUUUACAGUCAAGAUGGCACAUACAGUCAAAGCCUCCAACAGACAAAGAACAAACAGGUGAUGCAAGAGGAAGAUGAUUAUGAGAAUGAAGUAAAUGAACAGGAAGAUGCCACUUUGCACGAGAUGAAGCUCCACAUCGAGUCCUACUACUCGAUUGCAAGCAAGCGUCUAGCCGACCAGAUCCCAAUGGUGAUCCGUUACCAGCUUCUCCAAGAGGCUGCAGCGGAGCUGCAGAGAAACAUGUUGCAGUUGCUGCAGGAGAAGGAUGCUGUAGAUGACCUGCUUAAAGAAGACCACGACAUCGAUAAGAAGCGUGAGCAGUUACUUAACCGCCAGAAGCGUCUAUUGAAAGCACGCAACCUCCUGAAUACUUUUUAGAAUGUUGUUAUCAUACAGUCAUAUACUGCACUACUUCAAUACAACAGUGUUGAAGAAACCCCAUGAGCAGCAUGUGUAGCUAAUACUGCUCACAGUUCCUAAAUCCUUGUUGACGGUUUUAUUUAGUUUGCUAAACACUUACAGAGCAAUAUUGCUUACAUGUUCCAGAAUUUCCUAUUUAUUUGAUUGAUACAAUCAUGAUGUACAGAGGCUACACUAUGCAAUAAACAUUUUCCAAAUCUUCA